UUCUUUGUUGUUUUAAUUGUAACAAUAAACUAUCAAUCAAUCUCUGUGACCCCGUGCAGGAGGCGGACAUUGCGCUGGGUCCCUUCGCUCUUACGGCAGGACGUGCUAUCGCGGUGGACUUCGCGUCGCCGCUCUUCUCCGACGCCUCGCUGCUGAUGGCUGCCCGCGGCCGCCCCGAGGUGGAUCCCUGGGGCUUCCUGCUGCCCUUCUCGAACUCCAUGUGGGCAGCGACCCUCGUGGCGCUGGGCUUUGUAGUGGUUGUGACAUCGGCAGUGGUAGCGGUGGGGGCAUGGAUGUCACCCAGGGAGAUGCCGUGUUGCUGGUGGCGGGCCGCCCUUGAUCUCGUCUUCGUGUACUGCGGCGUCCUGUGCCAGCAAAGCGUGGAAGCAAAACAAAUCACCAGCAACAUCAGCACCAACAACAACAAAAACAACAGUAUCAAGGAGUGCGGGCGGUGGGCGGGGCGUGCCGUGGCGGGCGGGUGGGUGGUGGCGGCCAUGGUUCUGGCGUGGGCGUACAUGGGUGGCCUCACGUCCCUACUGGCGGUGAGGUACGUGCCGCAGCCCUUCCAGACCCUCGCCGCGCUGGGCCGACACGCCUCUGUGCUGCUGUUGGUACAGGAGAACUCAGCAGAAGCCCAUCUGCUGCAGACUGGUAGUGGUGCGGUAAUGCGCGGUAUGGAGCGGGUGCGGAAGGAGGGUCGUCUGAGGGAGGUGCAACGGGAAUAUCAGGAGACCUACCUCCCCAUGGCGCAAGGCAAGCCCUGGGUGAUUGUGGCGGAGAGCUCCUCGGCCGCAGUGGUGAACGACAGGCACUUCUCCCUCACUGGGCGUUGUGACUACUAUACUUCGCGGGAGAUCAUCGUAUCCUACACUUACUCCAUUAUCCUGCAGAAGAACAGCCCCCUCCUACGUGCUGUCAACUCGAGAGUGCAGGCGGUGAUACAAGGGGGCCUGUACGGGCAGUGGCUGAAGGAGUCCCUACCCAACGCCACCUACUGCCGCUUCCCGCCCUCAGUCAUCACGGUACAGGACAAGCUGGGCCUCACGAACCUCUGGGGUGUGUUCACUGUCCUGGCUGGGGGUCUCGGCGCCUCCAUCCUCGUCUUCGUCUGCGAGGUGCUCUCCGCGCCACGUAGGGUCACAACGGCUUAGUGUCAGAGCCAACAUCACCAUCACCACCACCACCAUCUCCUCGACUUGGCAGACACUUUCCUUGUUAUACAUGUCGUUCUGCACUCACACAGUUCAUAGUUACUGGUGGCAUUAG